CAGCCUUUAAUUUCUUUUCUGAGAGAAAAACAAAUGGCGAAAAAUAGGAAUGAAACGGAAGAGGCGAUGAAGUGGAAGGUUUAAUCGUGAAACGAUAAAAUCAAAGUAGAGUUCGAGGCUGAAACAGAUUAUGUCCUUAUUACAAAGAUCAAGUCUUGGUUGAGACUCACAAAUGUACAAUGGGAGGAUGUGUGAGUCGCAACAACAGGGAACCUUCUACUAGCGUCACUUCUUCGCAACACCUGAAUAGUGGCACUGGAAAUGUAACAAUUGGGAAAAACAAGCCACUGAGUGCUGAUAAGCCAAAAUGGAAAUCAGAGGUUGCCAUGACAAUGGGACAACUGAAAGUGAAGCAAGAUGAGUUUUGGGAAACAUCACCUGCAUAUGAAGGAAGAAAAGAGAUCUGGGAUGCCUUAAAAGCUGCCUGUGAAACAGAUGAUGUUUCCCUUGCACAAGCAAUUAUUGAUGGUGCUAAUAUCACACUUCCAACAGGUUCAUUAACAGAUGCGUACGACGAGCUUGGGAAUCAUUACGUCAUUCCAGUUUACUGCAUUUGCUCUCCUAUGAACAUAGUAGCCACUGAAGAAAAGUCAAGCCAUUCAACAGACUCGAAAGAAAGCGUCCAAGACGAGGCUGAUCUUGGCGAAGAGCACAUGAUACGCUGCCGUUUGUCCACUACGUGCAAAGAUUAUAAAAUCGAUGUUCGUACUAGGGAGACUGUCAGUUCCGUGAAAAAAAGACUUGCACGAGAACUUGAAAUAGGCACCGCAAAACAGAGAUGGUUUUUCGGUGGCAAGAUGCUUUAUGAUAAAAUGACAAUUGGUGACAUCAGAAUACCUCGUGGCUAUGUAAUACAAGUCAUACUGGCGCCGGUAGAAGCCUAACUACAAGUUUACAAUAAGCGAUAAUAAACUCGUUUGUUAAUCUCUAUCAUAAAAAAUCACAGAUAAUUUUUGUUUGUAUCAAAGAUACACCAUUUAAUGCCUUUUUAAUAAAUCUUCAGGAUUUUACAGUAGUUAAUCUAAAUUGUGACUGAUGUUCUUUAGCUGUUUCCUGCCGCAAUCUGAGCAGAACUCAGUGUUUUAAUAUUUUAGAACAAUUACGAUAUACCAUGUAAAUAUGCGGAAUACUGUAUACUGUGUCCUACAGAACACGUUUUAUGAGCUGUUAUUUGGCUAUGCUGUAGAAACCAAGAAGUAUUAUAUGGAAGAAAUAUAACUAAUUAGGAAUUAUUAUCAUCUGAAGGCUGUGUAUCAUGUAUUUCCUUGAAUCUGAAGAGAGUUUUUAAAAUUAUAUUGAAAAGAUGCAUAGGGUGUAUGGGACUCUUGUUUCACAUUACAAAAAUCCUACAAUCGGCGAAGGAUAACAUCAGAAAGUUAAUUAGUGAUAUUUUGCGUUUUAGAUCCAAUUAAGGAUCUGUUUGCAAUCUUUGUAUAUUAAUUUGUACGUAUUACAAACGAUUUUACUAGAAAGCCUUUUUUAAUUAUGACAGUUUUACUUGCUCAUUUAAACACGAUAUAAGAUUAC